AUGACAGCUCUUAGCGGAAACUAUGUGAACUUUGGCGUCUUCGAGCUCUAUGGUGAUCGAUCACUUGCCGAUGCACUUGAUAUUGCUCUAAAGAUGGCACUGUCAAUUCCACUCGUGGAUAUUUUGGCUUACAGGAAGUCUUGCACUCUCUUCAUUGAAGGCACUAUAGGUUACCACUUUGCACAUCAUAAUAGAGAGCAUUUCCCAUUUCUGGAAGAAUAUAGAUGCUCCAAGAGUAGAACGACCUUCUAUUACAUUAUUGGCUGGUUAAUCUUCAUGGAGGACAGUCCUGUCUUAUUUAAGUCUUCUAUGGCUCCACUGUUGAAGGUUUUUAUCACUUUAGAAUCAACACCAGAUGCAAUGUUUCGAACUGAUACUGUGAAAUAUGCAUUGAUUGGAUUGAUGAGAGAUCUUAGGGGGAUUGCAAUGGCUACGAAUAGUCGCAGAACUUACGGGUUUCUAUUUGAUUGGUUAUAUCCUGUUCACAUGCCAAUUGUUUUGAGGGGCGUCUCACAUUGGGCUGAUACACCAGAGGUUACAACACCAUUGCUGAAAUUCAUGGCUGAGUUUGUGUUAAACAAGGCUCAACGCGUGACUUUCGAUACUUCAUCUCCUAAUGGCAUACUUCUUUUUAGAGAAGUUAGCAAAUUGCUUGUUGCAUAUGGCUCAAGGAUCUUGUCUCUUUCAAAGGCUACUGAUAUAUAUGCCUUCAAAUACAAGGGCAUAUGGAUUUCUUUAACUAUUCUUUCUAGAGGUAAAUUUUCCUUUGCUCCAUACAUCAGAGUAUCAUCUUGGUUUUAGUCUCCUAAAGGCUAA